GCCGCAGGCGGAAGUAGCGGACAGUUGGCCGGAAGUGAGGCUGUGAGGCUCGAGUUGCUGUAGGAGCGUUCGUGUCGCCGCAACUCGCGGGGUCCCGGGUUUGUUGUUGCGGCGCCCCCUUCAAGAGGAUCAGGCUGCUUCUGAUGCUUGGAAGCUUUCCUCUCGGCCACAAAGAUGGUAAUAAAUCUUUGCCUUCCACAGUUCAGACCAAGAAUUCACUGCAACAAGAUAUCAGCUGAUGGUUAUGAAGUAGAAAAUCUCAUCUCUGAAGAUCUCACGAAGAGAAGUCAUGGUUUCAGGACGGAGUAUUUCAUUAAGCCACCAGUCUGUGUGACAGUUUCAUUUCCCUUUAACGUGGAAAUCUGUAGGAUCAACAUAGACCUCACAGCUGGGGGAGGUCAGAACAUCACUGGCCUGGAAAUGUACACAUCUGCCUCAUCUAGCAGAGUGUCUUGGAGUACGCCCCAGUGUCGGACCCCAGGCCCAGCCGAGCCAUCUGUCCCAGAUAAGGAGACGUUCACCUUGGUAGGCAAAGUCUUACUGAAAAACCAGAGCCAAGUGGUGUUUAGCCAUAGGGGCUUCAAGGCCAGGCCCCCUUUUGGCCCGAUGGAAGCCACACUCCCCUCCCCUGUUGUUGUGGCCCAGGAGCUCUGGAAUAAAGGGGCUGUUUCCCUUAGCCACGUGGCCCAUCUGAGGAUCUGUAUCACCCAUAUGACAGGUGGUGGUGUCCCUUGUAUCAAGCGGUUGGAAGUAUGGGGUCAGCCAGCCAAGACCUGCUCCCAAGAGGUGAUAGACAGCAUCCUGCUGGUCGCCUCGGAGAGCCUCCCUCAGGAUGUGGCUCUGCAGGCCCCAGCCUUGCCCAUGGAAAGUGACUGUGACCCAGGGGACCAGUGUGAGAGCCAGCAGGCCCCCUCCAGCCUGCAGAAGCUGGCUGAGAGCAUUCAGGAUGUGCCUGAGGAGUUCCUGGAUCCCAUCACCCUGGAGAUCAUGCCUUGUCCUAUGCUGUUGCCCUCAGGCAAGGUCAUCGACCAGAGCACGCUGGAGAAGUGUAACCGCAGCGAAGCCACAUGGGGCCGAGUGCCCAGUGACCCUUUCACAGGGGUAGCUUUUACUCCACACUCUCAGCCCCUGCCUCACCCCUCCCUGAAGGCCCGGAUUGACCAUUUUCUACUCCAGCACUCCAUCCCCGGCUGCCACCUGCUUGGGAGAGCACAGACGGCAUUGGCAGUGACCCCUUCCUCCAUUGUUCUGCCCUGUCGGAAAAGGAAGAUAGAGCAGACUGAACGUGUCCCAGACAGUAAUCUUGGUAUAAAUGCCUCCUAUUUUUCUGCCACAAGCCCUCUGAUUCUACCCACUACCUCAGAGCACACUGCUAAGAAAAUGAAAGCUACCAAUGAGCCGACUCUGGCACACAUGGACUGCUCAACAGGUCCACUGUCCCAUGAGCAGAAGCUGUCACAAAGUUUGGAAAUUGCCUUGGCGUCCACCCUUGGCUCCAUGCCCUCCUUUACGGCACGGCUGACCAGGGGACAGCUCCAGCACCUUGGCACAAGAGGGAGCAGCGCUUCCUGGAGGCCUGGCACCAGCUCGGAGCAGCCUGGGAGCAUCCCAGGCCCCGAGUGUGCCUCCUGCAAAAGAGUGUUUUCGCCCUACUUCAAAAAGGAGCCAGUGUACCAGCUGCCCUGUGGCCACCUCCUGUGCCGACCCUGCCUGGGUGAGAAGCAACACUCCCUGCCCAUGACGUGCACCACCUGCCAGCGGCCAGUUGCUAGCCAGGAUGUGCUGCGGGUCCACUUCUGAGUGACUGGCCUCCACCGGAGGAGACCCAUCACUGGGAGGAGCUGAGGGGAACAGGAGCAGGACACAGCACCCCUGAGGUCUGGCCAGACCCCAGGCACAGAGCUGUCUGCUCCCUCCCGGGGCUCUCAUUCUCACUUCACAGUGUAGCAUACUGCUUUCGCAGUGGUGGCAAAAGGGCAACAAAGCCAUAGGCCAGAGGGCGGGGUGAAUGUCCCUGUCUCCCCUGCCUCCCUGCCACUCACCCUGCCUGAGCCCAGGACCUGCUGGAACCAGCCCCACCCUAGGCAGGAGCACCCCUACUGAGGGCCCCCCAUGCAGUUUAUGUGUACCCCCAUCCAGCAGGGCACUGUGGGUGGCUCACCCUAGACUGUGGCUCAGAUCUCAGGAGCCUCCGCCUUCAGGGUCAUCCAAAAGUGGACCUUGGGGGUUGGGGGUGUCUGUGGAGUGCAUGACUCAGCCCCUGACUGGCAGCCUUAAUAAAGCGAUGGUUGACGUCUGC